AUGGCGACAGAAUGGAGCGGGCAGCAGGGUUAUAUUCUCACUCUGGUUCUCUGCCUGUGGAGCGCGCUCGGGGGGCGCACGGAGGCGGCGGCUGCGGCAGCAGCGGCAUCAGCGGCAUCAGCUGGGUCCGGCGGCGGCAGCAGCGGCAGCGGCAGCCAGGUGAUCGGCAUGCGGCUGGAGAGGAGCGACAAGCCGGCCAGCACCAAUGACGACGGUGUCAUCCAGGUGACUGAGGAGAGCUCCGUGCAGCUCCGGUUUUACGGGGUGCAGCUCCACUCGGGCACCUGGACGCAGAUCCGCUUCACGGAGAUCUCAGAGGGUGACCAGGGAGGGCAGGAGGAAGAGGAGGAGGAGGAAGGAGGGGAGGCGGUGGCUGCUGCGAGGGGAGGCAGCGGCAUGAUGGUGGAUGCCCCGGACAGGACUUGUGUUGACUUCACCAAGGACAUCAGCAUCGGGACCUUCAUGAACGUGAGCAACAGAGGCUCGUCCGGGCUGCUCACCGUGCGCGUGAAGCCGCUGCGUAAGAGCGAGCCGCAGAAGGAGUACGCGGUGUGCACGGUGCAGGCGGGCGGCAGCAGGUGGGUGCUGCUGGGGGACAGCGACGGCAGGGUGCUGGUGGUGGAGGAGAAGAAGUCUAUGCUGCCUCUGUGGCUGCAGCUCAUCCUCAUCUGCUGCCUGCUGGUCCUCUCUGGGAUGUUCAGUGGUCUGAACCUGGGCCUCAUGGCUCUGGACCCCAUGGAGCUGCGCAUCGUGCAGAGCUGCGGCACCGACAAGGAGAAGAAGGACGCGCGGAAGAUCGAGCCCAUCCGCAGCAAAGGGAACUACCUGCUGUGCUCUCUGCUGCUCGGGAACGUGCUCGUGAACACCACCCUCACCAUCCUCCUAGACGACCUGAUCGGAUCCGGUCUGGGGGCUGUGGUGGCCUCCACUAUAGGGAUUGUGAUCUUUGGGGAGAUAGUCCCUCAGGCGCUGUGCUCGCGUCAUGGUCUGGCUGUGGGAGCCAACACCAUCAUGGUCACCAAGUUCUUCAUGUUCCUCACCUUCCCGGUCUCGUUCCCGGUCAGUAAGCUCCUGGACGUCCUGCUGGGUCAGGAGAUCGGGACCGUCUACAACCGGGAGAAGCUGGUGGAGAUGCUGAAGGUGACGGAGCCCUACAACGACCUGGUCAAGGAGGAGCUCAACAUGAUCCAGGGCGCCUUGGAGCUCAGGACCAAGACUGUGGAGGACGUCAUGACCCCCAUAGGGAACUGCUUCAUGAUCCAGGCGGACGCGGUUCUGGACUUUAACACCAUGUCAGAGAUCAUGGAGAGCGGAUACACGCGCAUCCCGGUCUACGACGAGGAGAGGUCCAACAUCGUGGACAUCCUGUACGUGAAGGACCUGGCCUUCGUGGACCCGGAUGACUGCACCACCCUGAAGACCAUCACCAAGUUCUACAACCACCCGGUCCACUUUGUGUUCCAUGACACCAAACUGGACGCCAUGCUGGAGGAGUUCAAGAAAGGUAAAUCCCACCUGGCCAUCGUCCAGAAGGUGAACAACGAAGGGGAGGGAGAUCCGUUCUACGAGGUGCUGGGAUUGGUGACGCUGGAGGACGUCAUCGAGGAGAUAAUCAAGUCGGAGAUCCUGGAUGAGUCUGACCUCUACACCGACAACAGAAACAGGAAAAAGGUCGACCCCAACAAAAACAAGCCCGACUUCUCUGCGUUCAAGAACGACAGCGACAGCAAAGUGAAGAUCUCUCCUCAGCUCAUGCUGGCAGCUCAUCGUUUCCUGGCCACAGAGGUGAGUCUGUUCAGCCCGUUCCAGAUCACAGAGAAAGUCCUCCUAAGGAUCCUCCGACACCCCGACGUCAUCCAGGAGCUGAAGUUCAACGAGAGCGACAAACGCUCGCCAAUGCACUUCCUGUACCAGAAGGCCAAACCUGUCGACUACUUCAUCCUUAUUCUGCAGGGCCGAGUGGAGGUGGAAGCCGGAAAUGAAAACAUGAAGUUUGAGACCGGUCCGUUCUCGUACUACGGGGUCAUGGCUCUGAGCUCGCCAACAAUGGCCACCACCCCUCCUCUCUCCCCGUCAGUGGCGUCCCCCCCUCCACGACGCCUCUCUCUUAAGAGGUUUUCUCUGUUCUCUCGUUUCCCAGAGUUUCGUUCUCCGUCACACGGGGGCAACCUUAACCGCUCUGCAUCUCUGAGCUGCACUGAGCGCGCUCAAGACAGCGGCUCGGUGGGCGGGAGCAUCAACCAGAUCCCAGGGACUCCCUUCCAGUACAUACCGGACUUCUGUGUGCGGGCUCUCACAGACCUGCAGUUUGUCAAGAUCACUCGCGCUCAGUACCAGAACGGUCUCCUGGCGUCCCGGCUGGACAGCUCCCCUCAGACCCCAGACGGCAGCCACACUCGUCUGGACACGUCCAUCUCAUUGCCCCCCAUCACGCCACCGGGGACCCGCGUUCCACUGCCACUGGCCACGCCUCCUGUGAAGCGCCCGCCAUCCAACACUCAACUGCCGCCAACCAGCCGGUCUAUCACCCAGACCGCGCCCUCAUCUGGCCGCAGACCCAGCCAGUCUCUGCCCCAAGCCACGCCCCCUCCCAGCAACCACACCUCCAUCAUCCAAACCCCGGCGUCCGCCAUGAGCACAUCGACCUCCAUCCCCCACCCGACUCUGACCUCCUCCAGGUCCCAGCACUCCCAGCACUCCCAGCACUCCCAGCACUCCCCGCCCUCUGCUGGCUCGGAGGACGGGGCGGAGGAGACCACCACUCUGCUCAGUGAGCAGCAGAACUGCGUGGGCCCACGCCGGUCCAGCCACGGCCAGGCCCACCCCCAGGUCCACACCAUCAGUCACACACACACUGAGAGCACCAUCUAACUGGAGUGGGGGGGGAACCACCUGUGCACUCAGUAACGUAACACACACUUGCACUUCUUCUUGAUUCCUGUUUGCUCGUUGUCUCCUGAACUUCCUGUAGACGUCCGAGGAGCGGCACAUCUGUGUGUUUUAUAAACAGAGAUCCUCCUCCAGCCCCUCCUGCAUGCCGCUCUCCCUCUCUCCAACACUGACACAGAUCAAGAACAGAGACUACAAAGAUGGCGUAGGCACAGGGAACACGAGUGAGUGUGAUUAGAUGGGGUUGUGUUUGAGUGGAUGUGAGUUUUUAAAGGAGCAGUUCACACAAAAUACGAAAAGACGAGUUUCUUGUAGCGACCUGUGGAGGUGUCGACUUCAUCAGACUGUUUUAGGAUUAGAUAUUUGGAUUCUCUGUCUUCAAUGGGGAAAAAAUAACCUCUCUUUUUAAAGAAACACAGCUCAUUUCUAUAAAUAAGACAAAUACCUGCUGUAGUGGAAUCCCAAUGGUCCAAGGUGUCCCAGUAGAUUGUAUUUUUGGCUGUUGGACGAAUGAUUUUCUGUCCAUUGGGGUUUUAUUAAUGGACUUUUAGUGGUUUAUAAUAACAGCAUGGUGUUGCAAUAACAGAAACCUAGUGAUGAGCAGUCGCCACAUCAUGGAGAGUCGCUUCCUUCACACUUUCUAUGAUAAAUAUUAAAGUAGCAUUGUGUUAGCAUACACAAGUACGAGA